GUUCUUAUGUUGCAACUCAAAGUAAGAAAUAGCAUCAAUGUCUGCUCUGGCUUGAAUUACACAUUAUUUAUCUCCAUGGGUUCACUGCAGCUUCUAUGCCUGUGUAUCCUAUUCUUCAUUGCGACAGCGUUCGUUCAGAAGAAUGACCGCUUCAAAGAGUUGAAGAGCACCAACCCUAUUUUAAGGUACUGGGCCCAGACGAGACUGCGAAAAAAGCUUGCAAUGCUCAACGCUCUGGCUAGAAAAAAGGAGACUGAUUCACAGAAGUACCGCAACUGCUACUUUUCACCAGUGCAAUGCCAGCUUCCCGUCUUGAUUGCUGUUGAUCCAUUGGCAAAUGCGAUUAAACCGGAUUUGCAGCAAGAUAUGUACACACGUUUUAGACGCUACUGAAUGUAGAAAGAGUAUCACAGUUUAAGUGAGUUGUGACUUGACGAUAAACUUUUUCUUAA